GCCGUGCGCUCAGAGAUUCAGGAGAGGGGAAGUCUCCUCCUCCCCAUCACUGUCGCCGGGAUACUGCUGCCAGAAGAACACAGCGCAGGGAGGGACUGUCUGGGUGAUGUGGAUGUAGACUAGGCUAUUGAACUGAACGUCCGUCCUCUCUGUAUGACACCAUGAACCCUGCCUCGGGCGGCGCUGCCGACUCCCGCAGCCAGCUAGACAAUAGCAACAGAAAGCUGCAGCAACAACAGCGCGCUUCCUCCCCGGCUGGCGGCAAAGACAUUGGAUCUAAAGAGACACCGAAAAGCAGCACUCCGUCAAAGAUCAUCACGUCAAAGCAGUGCGGAGGAGGGAGAGGCAACCGUGGCAGCUCCCCGGUCUCCACGGCAACCAGCAAAGACAGACUGUCUUCUUCUUCUAAAGGCGCGGCAAGCGCGGCAGGCGCGGCCCCUGUCCAGUCCGAUGGUGCUGAAAUCCAUACGUUGACCAGGGCGGCGGCGGCUGAGAGCGGCAGAGGAACGGCAGAGGAGCGCGGUAGUCCGUCUGAAGACUCGCGUUGUACUGAUAUAUCGUGUUUGAAGGGGGAUACAACACGGGUUGUUUCUGAUCAGCCUUGUUCAUCCAAAUCUCCUAAAUUGAAGAACAAUAACCCGAGAGGAGGGGGAGGAGAAGGCGAGGCUAGCAGCACAGCGACCGGAAACAAAAAGAGCUCCGGCAAGAGCAGUGUGGGCUGCGGCCCUGGCUUCUGGAGAGAGGGAUGUUUGCAGUCGGAGCUGAUCCAGUUUCACCUGAAUAAAAGCUUAAAGAAAGGAGGAGGAAAGAUGAAGACGAAGACACCGUCUCCCCCGGAGCCGGUCACGGAAAUGGCGGAACCAGAGGAUCUCUCCCCUGAGGCCAUCGUUAACGAGCCGGAACCGGUACCUGAGCCCGACCAGCUAUUUCAGGAGGAGAUAGAGAAACUAGAGGAUGAAAACGAUGAACUAAAGACUGAGAUAGAGGAGAUGAGAGCGGAGAUGGACGAGAUGAGAGACACGUUCUACGAAGAGGACGCCUGCCAGCUGCAGGACAUGCGUCGCGAGCUGGAGCGAGCCAAUAAGAACUGCCGGAUUCUCCAGUACCGUCUGAGGAAGGCAGAGAGGAAGAGGAUGAGGUUCGCUCAGACCGGAGAGGUAGACGGAGAGCUACUGAGGGCCCUGGAGCAAGACUUGAAGGUAGCGAAGGACGUGUCAGUGCGUCUGCACCAUGAGUUGGAGAAUGUGGAGGAGAAAAGGACGAAGACGGAGGAGGAGAACGAGAAACUAAGGCAAAAGCUGAUAGAGGUGGAGGUGACCAAACAGGCCCUGCAAAACCAACUGGAGAAGGCCAAGGAGCUGUCACUGAAGAGGAGAGGAGGCAGGGAUGUUCAGAAGGAGAAAAGGAUUCCACAGACUCCAAUAGAGGAGGACAACGAAGAUCUGAAAUGCCAGCUAGCCUUCAUCAAGGAGGAAGCCAUUUUAAUGAGGAAAAAAAUGGCUAAAAUUGACAAGGAGAAGGACCGGCUGGAACACGAGCUGCAGAAGUACCGCUCUUUCUACGGGGAUGUGGACAGCCCUGGGCCCAAGGGAGAGGCUGGAGGACCAGCCACCACCCGGGAGUCAGAGCUGAAACUGAGACUGAGACUGGUGGAGGAGGAAGCCAACAUCCUGGGAAGGAAGAUCGUAGAGUUGGAGGUGGAGAAUAGAGGACUGAAGGCUGAACUGGAGGACAUGAGAGACAGGGAUGAGGUGGCAGGAGGCUCGGCUGAGCAUGGCUGCAGCAGGGAGCAGGGAGAGGAACUCAGGGAGCUGAGACAGCAGCUACAGCUGGUGGAGGACGAGGCAGAGCUACUUAGGAGGAACCUGCAGGACGCAGAGGAGGACAACAACAAGGUGACGGGGGAGCUGAACAAGCUGAAGUACAAGGAGGGCUCCAGGCACGGCGCCGGGGGUGGAGGGGGUGGCGCCGGGGCGGCUGCAGACCGGGCCAAGGUGGAGGUCCUGCAGGAGGAGCUAAAGGCUGCCAGGCUGCAGAUCAACGAGCUGAGUGGCAAGGUGAUGCAGAUGCAGUAUGAGAACCGGGUCCUGCUGUCCAACAUGCAGCGCUACGACCUGGCGUCACACCUGGGCAUCAGGGCCAGCCCCCGGGAAAGUGACGCAGAGAGUGACGGAGGAGAUGACGCCUCCACCUCAUCGCGCUUCCCACCCCACCGUAAACGAGAAGGCCCCAUCGGAGGGGAGAGCGACUCGGACGAGGUGCGUAACAUCCGGUGCCUGACCCCAACCCGCACCCUCUACUCCCCCGAGGGCCGUUUCCUCCCUCGCAGCCUGAAGGACCGGCAGCAGAUGGUAGACAUCCGUAUAGAAGCAGAGCGGCUGGGCCGGACCGUCGACAGGCUGAUAGCAGACACCGGCACCAUCAUGGCUGAGGCCCGGGUCUACAUGGUCUCCAACGGGGAGCUUUACGAGGAGGAAGGGAGCACCGUCAGGGAGCACGAGUUGUUGUACAGGAUCACCGCUCAGAUGAAGGCCUUCAGGAAGGAGCUGCAGGGUUUUAUAGACAGACUGGAUGUCCCCAAGCCGGAGGACAAAGAGGAGGAGGAACCACCGUCUAUGUUUCAGCCCAUCAUCCUGCUCAUCCUCAUCCUCGUCCUGUUCUCUUCACUCUCCUACACCACCAUCUUCAAACUCGUCUUCCUCUUCACUCUCUUCUUCGUCCUGUAACGUCCGUCUCACUUUGACACAGACACAUAUUUUUGUUUAGUC